CAAUACAUAAGUGCGCGUCACAAGUUUGUGACGUUAUAACAAUGUUACCUACGAGUUUGGUUGUUUUACUCCUACUGGCCUCCAGGUCUUUUGCCGAUGACGCUACCAUAUUAUCUGAGGAUGACCAGGCACUCCCGUUGGCUUCCGUAGCAAAUGAAAAUGAUGCAUACAAGGGAUCUCCUCUCGUUAGUGCCAUAAUGGCUUUCAGCAAACCCGCCUAUGGUCUGUACUCUGGACGACGUGAAAUAAAUUUACCUGUCGGGAAAACUUCGUCUGUUGUUGCAUCUUUGGUCAAUACUAACCCAAUCAAUGGAGAACAACAUUUUACACUAGAUUUCAUCGAAGGUGCUCUUCACUAUCCAAUGUACUAUGAUUACCACAUACAAAACUUUACAAAGCAGCGCCUUCAUAAGACAUUGGAACCUGGCCAAGAGGCUUCUCUGUACUAUAAAUUCAAACCAGCCCUUGAACUAGCUAGUCGAUCAUUCGACCUAUCCGUUGUUGUUUACUACCACGACAACAAUAAUGUUUAUUACGCCCAUAAGUUGAUCAAUCAAACAGUUAAUGUAAGUCCAUCCUGUUCUUAUGCUCCAAUAACCAUUUCUAGCUAUAUGAGAUCGAAGAAGGUGUAGACACUGAGUUGAUAUUUUUGGUCAUCCUGGUAAUCGCCCUAAGUAUCGCAGUACUAAUCGGUGCUUGGCAUUGGUUCACCUCAAUAGCUCAUCGCCGACAGCCUACCAAACAGUCUUCGAAAACCGUGGAGAAUGAUAAUGACAAUGUCGUGGAAAACGAAUACUUGGCGUUGGUCAACAGUACACCUCAAAUAAAAAGAGGUCGUUCUGAUCAAACAGUACGUCGACACCAAGGAAGACGAUAAGUGACCUGUUCACCCACAGACUCUAGUCAAAGGACUGCUGACUUUUUUUCAUGUGUACAUUCGGUUUUUGACAAAUGCUCAUGCAAAUAAUAUCUUUUAUAUUCCCUUUUUGUCCAUUGCAGUGUUUAAAACUAUCAUUUGACCCUAUUUACUUUUAGUUGUUCUUUUGUAAUACCAACUAGUUAUGUUAAUAAAGUUCGUUGCUGUGAUUCAAC